AUGGGCGGCGCUCUGGAUCCUAAGAACGGAGUUUACAUCGGUGGCUGGGGCGAUCUUGGCUGCCCGACUCCCCAGCGCAUCGCUACCUACUCCCUCUCGUCUAACCGCCAGCGCCCUUUCGCCGGUGCCGCCAACGCCGCCAUCUUCAACGUUUUCCGCCGUUUCCGCCACCAGGUGCUCUACGUGGUGCCGCCGUUCGUUGCUGCGUACGCCACCAUGAACUGGGCCAUUGAGCGCAACGAGUACCUGAACUCCAAGCCCGGCCGCGAGGAGGCUGGCUCUGAGUAA